GAUGAAGUGAAGCUGCCGUCUAAGCUGAGCAUCAGCAAGUCCUUGAAGGAGGGUGAAAAGCUGGAGAAGGAAGGAGAGGGCGAGGAGGUGCCUGUGGGUGAGGACCACGCGGAGGAGGACCACGUCCAGCUCUCCUCGGAUGAGGAGGUGGAGAUUGAAGAGAUUAUCGAAGAGUCUCGGGCAGAGCGCAUCAAGAGGAGCGGCAUGAAGAGAGUGGAUGACUUUAAGAAGGCAUUCUCGAAGGAGAAGAUGGAGAAGACUAAGCUAAAGACCAAGGAAAACCUGGAGAAGACCCGCCACAACUUGGAGAAGACCCGUCACAACCUGGAGAAGAGGAUGAACAAACUGGGCACCAAGAUUGUGACUAACGAAAGGAGAGAGAAGAUGAAGACCUCCCGGGACAAGCUGAGGAAGUCUUUCACCCCUGACCACACCAUCUACGCCAGGUCCAAGACAGCUGUCUACAAAGUGCCACCCUUCACGUUCCAUGUCAAGAAAAUAAGAGAGGGCGAGGUGGAGGUGAAAGCCACGGAGCUGGUGGAGGUCGGCGGAGAGGAGGGAGAGAACUCGGAUCUGCUGCGUGGGGAGAGCCCCGAGAUGCACACGCUGCUGGAGAUCACGGAGGAGUCCGACGCGGUACUGGUGGACAAGAGUGACAGCGAGUAGGCCAGGCUGCAGCACGGAAGCGUCAUGGACGGCGGCUGAACACGUAAUCAUUCACGUUCCCAGCUCUCUGCCCUGGUGCCCCAGGGAAGCGUACACAAAGCAUCUUUACUACCCUGCAGAGCCGACGCCAAUCCCCCGCCUGCUAGGACGAGGUGUAUUUUAUAUUUUAGUUUUAGCACACACA